AGACUUCUUCUCCUUUCUUGGUUCCACCUUCACCCCUCUCCUCCAGGUCCCAUCUCCCUCCUCACUCUUUACUCUCUCUGUGAACUGUCUUUACCAUCUGUUGCUUUAAAGAGUUCAUUUUUUUUCUUUCUUUUCAUUUUUUUUCUUUCUUUUUCUUUGAAUUUGGAGGAUUUCAGCAUAUUUGAACAAUACCCACUUUGAAUUGCUUCAAGUUCCAGGUCUUCUGGAAUUUUUAUGAUAUGUUGGCACCGGAAUUAAGUACCAAAAGCCAUUAGAAAUGAGUGGAAUGCUAAAGCAAGCGAAAUUGGGAUGUGGGUUUUUGAGAGAUUGGAAUUACAAUUGGAAACAUGUGAUUUUUUUUUGUGCUGACAGUGGACAGGUUGAGCUGUGAUUCUGAAGAAAUGAAAAUUAUGGUGCUUCAACUUCUCUGUACUAUAUGUUUUGCAAGGCACUUCUCCUAUAGGGAUAUAAAGAAGGCAACUGAUGGUUUCCGCAGAAUUAUUGACAAUUCCCACGGAGCUACGUACAAAGCCAAAUUUCAAGAUGGCAGUGUUGCUAUGGUAAAAGAAAUAAGAGAUUUUGAUGAAGAGGCCUUUUACAAAGAAGUGCUCCUCUUGGGCUGUUUGCAUCACCGGCACAUUGUUUCACUUUGUGGGUUUUCCACAGGGCGGAAGAGGUUCCUAGUAUUUGAAAACAUAGAAAACGGAACCCUGAAGGAUCAUCUGAACGAUCCUCUUAAGACUCCCUUGAAUUGGAGAACAAGGCUACAUAUAGUCAUCGGCGUGGCAGCUGCCCUAGAAUAUUUGUAUUUCUUCUGCAACCCUCCAAUGUAUCACGUCUCAGUCAGUUCAAGUACCAUCCUACUAGAUGAGAACUACAAUGCAAAGCUCUGCAAUAUUGGCAUUCUUGGCUCCCGUCCAAAUAAUGUGACAUUACCACAGUCCUCAUGUACAAAGGAAUGUGACGAUCAGGAAUGUGGAAACGUCAUAUUUCAGCUUGGCUUGCUAAUUCUGGAGCUAAUUACUGGUCAGUCCUCAGAGGAUGGAGGUGCUGAAUUAAUCCAAUGGGUCCAAGAAUAUCGAUUCUCAAAAACCGUACAUAAGGUGCUUGAUCCAGACCUUGGAGACAAUUAUGAUUCUAGAGAGCUCAAGGGCCUUUUAGCUGUAGCAAGAUUGUGUACGAAAUCUGUAGAUAAGCCAACAGCUUUUACCCCUCAGGUAUUUAGGUACCUCCAGAAGAAGAUAGGCAUUGCUGUCGCAUAAACCAUUAUCAUUUGGCUGGCGAUGCUUAUGUCAUGUAUACAAGUAUAUAAGUAUUAUGCAUAAUCAUUGAAAUGGACUUGAUGGCUCCCUGGAGUCUUAGUUCCUUGUUCCAAGCUUCAAUAUAUAGUAAGUAGUUUUUUCAUAUUCCGUGUGCUCUUCUUGAUUGUUUCUGUACUUGGCUUGAUUCUAAGUAGUCAAAACAGCUUCAGGCUGGUUCAGGCUGCCAUAGGGGAAAAUAGCAGAAUCCCUUUUAUUGCAGGAAUCUAUGUAAGAAUGAUAUAUCAAAUAGAUUAUGAAUUUUUCUUUUGUUUUAAA